UCGCCUUUACAACUCCACUCUCCUACCUUUUUCCCUAUCCCUUCCCCUUCACUCCUCUCUCUCUCUCUCUCUCUCUCUCUCCCUCGGCAAUGGACGUAGGAACAUCGAGCUCCAAGGGUCUCGGCAAUGGCGGCGGCGGCGGCGACGGCCCCCAGAAGGCUCGGCCACCGCGCCCGGGGGCGGGGGCGGGGCACGGGCCGUGGCAGCCGCGGAUAGAGCCCUUCGUCCCCAACACCGACCACAACCCUAGGGAGCUCAAAUCCUGGGCCAAGCGCACCGGGUUCAACCCCAACCUCUCCGGCGAGACCGCCCCCAGCGAGCGCGACCCCGACGAGCCCCCUCCCCCUCCCCCUCCUCCCCCGCCGGCGCGGCCCCCGGCGCUGGACCUCGAGAAGGGCCUCGCCGGAGCUGGGGGCCGGCGGCGGCGCCUCCUCCUCGGGGAGGGGCUGUUCGGGCGGGCGGAGAUCGAGCCGGCGCCGGGGCGGAGGAGGCCCGAGAUCAAACAGGUGGUGGGCGCUGAGAAGGAGGAGAGGAAGAGAGAGGAGGAGGAGCCGAUGGUUAGGGUUAGGAAUGAGGGCUUGAAUGGUAGAUUACGUGAAAAUGGGGGGCACGGAGUUGCUCCGCCACCUCCGGCGGCGGCUCCGCGGGCAAUGAUGGAGGAGGAGGAGGAGGAGGAGGAGGUGAAGAAGGAGUUGGGAAAAGAGGAAGAAGACGACGAGAGGAGAGUGGAGAUCGGCUUCUUUCCGGAUUCUCAGGAGGCUGAGAAUUUUUCUGGGUGUAGUUCUCCUGGGAUGAGAUGUGGUGUCACCGAAAAUCCAGGGUGGGUGCCCCUCAUUUUGUAUGGUUUACAACAUUACUUAUCAUUGGCUGGUUCGCUUGUUUUCAUCCCUUUGAUAAUGGUACCAGCCAUGGGUGGAACUGAUGAGGAGACUGCGAACGUCAUUUCCACCAUGCUACUGGUUUCAGGCUUCACAACAAUACUUCAUUCUUUUUUAGGUUCCAGGCUUCCUUUAGUCCAGGGAAGCUCAUUUGUGUACUUAGCUCCUGCUUUGGUAAUUAUAAACUCGGAAGAAUUCAGAAAUCUCAGUGAAAAUAAAUUCAAGCACAUUAUGAGGGAAUUACAGGGAGCUAUAAUUGUUGGUUCAGUUUUUCAAACAAUCUUAGGAUACAGCGGUCUUAUGUCACUUCUUCUAAGAUUGAUAAAUCCAGUGGUGGUAGCACCAACUGUAGCUGCAGUAGGCUUGGCUUUUUUCAGUUAUGGCUUUCCUCAAGCUGGUAGUUGCGUAGAAAUCAGCAUUCCCCUGAUUGUAUUAGUUCUUAUUUUCACUUUGUAUCUUCGAAGAAUUUCAUUAUUUGGCCAUCGUAUAUUUCUAAUUUAUGCGGUUCCCCUUAGUAUUGCUAUCAUAUGGGCGUAUGCGUUCUUUUUGACAGCUGGUGGAGCUUACAACUACAAGGGCUGCAGCUCAAACAUACCUAGUUCGAAUAUCUUAUUAGAUUCAUGCAGAAGGCGUGCAGAUAUUAUGAGGCAUUGUCGAACCGAUAUUUCUAAUGCAUGGAGGACUGCCGCGUGGGUUCGGAUUCCUUAUCCUUUCCAGUGGGGCUCCCCGACUUUCCACUUCAAGACCUCUAUGAUUAUGGUCGUUGUUUCACUGGUUGUGUCGGUAGACUCUAUUGGUUCAUAUCAUGCAACAUCCUUGCUAGUCAAUUUAAGGCCCCCAACGCCUGGAAUAGUGAGCAGGGCCAUUGGCUUUGAAGGGAUUUCAAGUAUACUAGCUGGGCUUUGGGGUACGGGAACUGGGUCAACAACUUUGACCGAGAACAUACACACCAUUGAUGUAACUAAGAUGGGAAGCAGAAAGGCCUUGCAAAUUGGAGCAGCCUUUUUGAUCCUAUUCUCCUUUGUAGGAAAAAUAGGUGCUCUCCUUGCUUCUAUCCCCUUGGCAUUAGCUGCCUCUGUUCUUUGCUUCACAUGGGCUCUAAUUGUGGCACUUGGUCUGUCAACUAUGCGGUAUACCCAAACUGCGAGCUCCAGGAAUAUGAUAAUUGUCGGAUUUACCUUGUUCAUCUCCUUAUCCAUACCUGCAUAUUUUCAACAGUACGAACCCAAUUCCAUGCUUAUUCUUCCUAGUUAUCUUUUGCCCUAUUCUGCCGCAUCAAGUGGACCAGUCAGUACCAGCAGCAAUUCGCUAAAUUAUGCACUGAAUGGUCUUCUAUCAAUCAACAUGGUGUUGGCUCUCCUCGUGGCAUUUAUACUCGACAACACGGUCCCCGGUACCAAGCAAGAAAGAGGGGUCUACAUAUGGUCGGAUUCGAGGCGGCCUGAAGUCGACCCCGCUUCUCUUAAACCUUACAUGCUGCCGGAAAAAAUCAGUUGCUGGUUCCGGUGGGCCAAGUGCCUCAGCUCCUAGUUCAACACUUAUCUCAAGAUCUUGGCCAUUCAUUUAUUUUAUUUAUCAGCUGUUCACUAAAACUUAAUUCUUUUUUCUCUAAAUUUUAUAUACACUUUUGGUAUUAUGUACAUUUUGUUAUAGUUACAUUUUUUUUUUGGGUUUUCUUUUGCCUUAUAUACGGAGGUUGAAUAGGUGUAAUAACAAUAUACUAUUGUGUGGUUACAUGAAUCAGAGCUGUUUGCUUGUAUUUGAUUGGGGGGGUUGUGAUUGUUAUAACCUCUGUAGUGGAAAUGCAGAAUGAGAAAGAUCAAUUGAAUGGGUUCUUCAGUUUCUUUUCUUUGUA